AUGAUUAAUGCUUUCAAGAAUAAAGUGACUGGUACAUCUAGUUUACUCAAGUUAUCCACUCGUUAUUUGGCUAGUGCUGCUAAUUCAAGCUUUAGUAAAACCUCACAAUUGGACAGAGCUACUUUAACUAUAAAAGAUGGUCCAGUUUUCAAUGGUUAUUCAUUUGGUGCUAAUAAGAAUAUUAGUGGUGAAGCAGUUUUCACCACUUCAUUAGUUGGAUAUCCUGAAUCAAUGACUGAUCCAUCAUAUAAGGGACAAAUUUUAUGUUUUACCCAACCAUUAAUUGGGAAUUAUGGUGUUCCAUCAUCUACAUUGAAAGAUCAAUUCAAUUUAUUGAAAUAUAUGGAAAGUCCAAGUGUUCAAUGUAUUGGUAUUGUUGUUGCCGAUGUUGCAUUAGAAUAUUCUCAUUGGACCGCAGUUGAAUCUUUACAACAAUGGUGUCAAAGAUCAGGAGUUGCUGCUAUCAGUGGAGUCGAUACCAGACAAUUGGUUAGUUACUUGAGAGAUAAAGGAUCAUCCUUAGCUAAAAUAACUAUUGGAGAAGAAUAUGAUGCUGAUGAAGAUGCAGCAUUUGAAGAUCCAGGUUCAAUUAAUUUAGUUCAUAAAGUUACUACUAAAGCACCAUUUCAUAUAGCAUGUCCACCAGAAUUGAAUAAAGGUAUUCAUAUUGCUGUUUUAGAUUGUGGAGCUAAAGAAAAUAUUUUGAGAUGUCUUGUUCAAAGAGGUGCCUCAUUAACUGUUUUCCCUUAUAAUUAUCCAAUUGAUAAAAUUGCUAAUAAAUUUGAUGGUAUUUUCAUUUCAAAUGGACCAGGGGAUCCAACUCAUUGUUCUAGUACUAUUGAACAUUUACAAAAAACUAUGAAUAAAUAUAAUGAUUUACCAAUUUUUGGUAUUUGUUUAGGUCAUCAAUUAUUAGCUUUGGCAAGUGGUGCUAAAACUAUUAAAUUGAAGUAUGGUAAUAGAGCUCAUAAUAUUCCUGCUUUAGAUUUAAUAACUGGUAAAUGUCAUAUCACUUCUCAAAAUCAUGGCUAUGCUGUUGAUACUUCAACUUUAAGUGAAGAAUGGGAACCUUACUUCACCAAUUUGAAUGAUUUAUCAAAUGAAGGUAUGCAACAUAAAACUAGACCAAUUUUUUCAACUCAAUUCCAUCCAGAAGCUAAAGGUGGUCCAUUAGAUACUUCAUUUUUAUUCGAUAGAUUUUUCAGAAACAUCGAUGAAUAUAAAUCAACUAAUGGUUUAAACUUAGGAAAUGUUGAUAAUUCAUUAUUAGUUGAUAUUUUGCCAAAACAAAGAGUCAUUUAA